UAGCAUCGUUUUCAAUUAUUGCGGCUGCAUCGGAUGCAAUUCUAAGCUCAAAGAACUUGAGCGAACAGAUAACGUAACCAUAAAGGAUAAAAUAAACAUCGUUCGACUUCAACUUUCGAUACUUUGCGCUCGACGACCACUUCAAGUGUAAUUAUCAUCUGAUUAUAAUUGCAUUAUAUAUGUCAAGAUUUGUGUAACGCGCGUCAUCUCACAAUUAUUGGAUUUUUAUCCCUGCGUAAAAGAGAAUUAUAAAAUUCUAAAAGUUAUAAAAGCGCAACGAGACGAAAUGCUGAGGGACGAGUUUUCCAACGCUUAAUUAAACGUAUAACUAUUUUCUUCGUAAUUUUCAUUGAUAUUAAGCCUGUGAUUAAUUAUACGCAUAAUGUCGGGUGAGCCGAAUGUCAAAGGUUAUGCGCCUCUACCCCAGAGUAUUAGUAAUACCGACACUGAGGAUGACGACGAUGAGCAUCAUCACCACGUAGAUUCUGCCUCCAAGGACGACGAUCAAUCGAGAAUAAGUGAUACAACAACAAUUUGUCAAAAUGGAAGAUUUUAUCCCUUAGACGAAACAAAGAAUUUUGCAAACAGAACCAGAAAUGGAAGAAAUUCAUUUGGCUAUAGUAAUGAUAAUAUUCCAAUAAUGGUGCUAGAUGGACAAAACCAUGACGAUCUUUGGAAAAGGCAUGAUAUGUCACCAUUUCGAAGAUUCUGCUUAGUUGCAUCUGUAUUACUGUGUAUACUGACAAUAUUAGUUUUUUUAUAUAUACUACCGUGUGAUAAUUCCUCGAUAUGCCUAUCUGUGCCAGAACCAAAAACUUCGGUAUCAUGGGAUAAAACAUUGGAGGGAAUUGAAUUACAUGGAAAAAUUACAGUGAUUCGAGGCAGCCCGUACAAUCUUAUAUUUCUCCUUAGAGGUCAGCAAUUUGGCGAUAUAGGGUCAAAAGACGCAGCUAGAAAGCAACAAAUUCCUCCUGAAGGAGGUGCGGUGUUGUCUAUGCAGGCGACGGAUGGAAAGCCUUUGUGGUGGGUAGUCUUAAAACGAUUACCCACGGAUAUCAACUGUGAAAUACUCGAUACCGAUGCAUCUGGAAAGCCAGAUUGUCUUGUAUCUGGUCAGGGUGGUCUUUUAGUUAGCAUUGAACCAAUUGCUGGAACUAUUCAUUGGAACUCUGAAGUGUACACUUAUUCCAAUCUACCUUUGCUACUUUCUGAUCUAGAUUCUGAUGGAAUUAAUGAUCUUCUUAGCAUUGAGAUUGCAAAUUCUAGUCAAAAUCUUGUAAUUUUAACUGGAAAAGGAGGAAAAUUGCUAGGUCGACGGGACAUUCCUAACUGUGAAUCUGUUACAUUAAACAGUAUUGAUUCGUCCUUUCUUCUAUCUUACAUCUGCUAUAAUGCAAAUAAAAACUACUCGGCACAGACGAUGUCCCUAAAGAGCUUCGUCGAGAGCUUGAAUCUACCUCAAGGGCGUCGCAGACCAGGAAGUCUGACGAGGCCUCCGCCGACAGCAAACUACCCCAAUCGGACAACGGCCGACAUCUGGGACCUGACGCCCCAUCAUCGACUCUAUGUGCGCAACGUCGCCGGCGACAAUUGUCCUAGCGAGGACUGUCGGACGACUGUCAACCUGACCCUCCGACGUCCAGACGGCAACGAGAGUCGCAUUUGGGACCACUUGAGCACCUCGUCCUUCGUCACAAGGCCCGCGAUUCUCAAUACCUCGGGCCAGGCUUACACCACGGGUUUCGCUUUGAAAUUCUGGAACUGGACGUCCAAUGCCGACGGCAUCGAUGAUAAGGUACCUCACCGAUUCUAUUAUCAUUGUCCUGGGCACUGUCGAUCGAUCGUACGUGCCGGCGUUAACUGUCCAUUUGUAAUCAUUGGCAAUCGUUGUCAGUUUUUCUUUUCUCAAUCGAAUCUCGAUGAUAAAAUCGAUUAUUCCAAUGAUGACUCGGAUUAUAUUGAAAAAUGUGUCUCAGUGAAAAUUAUCUUCAAUUAUACCGUGAGCGACUCUCUGGUGUACCAGCAGAACCUCACGGAGCGCGUGAGCAUCGUCUAUGUGAAUAACACGGAGGUGCACGUGAUGAAUGCGAGCCAAAGCGACGUGGUGCAGCUGUGCCGUGGACUGGAUUGUCAGCCGAGUCUGCCGAGACAAUCGCGCUCCAUCGCCAUAACCGAUCUCAACGGGGAUGGUGUCAUGGAGCUCAUUAGUUAUAGGUCGACUUAUAAUGUCGCCGAGGGCAAGGACAAGUCGAGUCUCACCUCUAAGGUUCAGAUCGUCAAGCUGGAGGCCGUGUUCUGAAGUACCGGGGCCCGCGAUCCCCCCCCCCCCAC